AUGAGCGAUGGUUCUGCGGACGUUUCACUUCGCGCAGUUGAUGAGCUGAAGACGUUGGUUCAAGGGUUGCGUGACAUGGUCCAGAACAUCGCCAGUAGCCAAAGCUUGGCGCAAGACACGGUACAUGGUCAUGAGGAGCAGGCGACACCCGGUACAGCUUCCGAUGAGCCGAUAGACACGUUGAGCUUAGUCUCCGAGCUGCCUGACGCAAACUCGUGCCGUGACUACGUCAACCAGUAUUGGAAGGCCAACCCAGCGUGCCAUCAGAACCGAGCAUGCUUCCACAUGAGCGGAAGGUACACCGCUCGCGGUUAUCGCGGAUGA